GCAGCAGUGUCUGUACUGUUGGCAGGAGUGACCAGAAUAAAAACAGCAACACCAGACAUAGAGGAGGAAAAAAAGCGAAGUAAUCCAUUGAACCAGAGUCUUUGCCCUCUCUUAAUUACGUAUAGUCUCAUAUCUUUUCCCUUUUUCACUUUUUUCCCCACUCUUUAAGACUUUGGGCUUGUUGUAAUUAGAUAGAAGAGAAUAAAACCAGCUGAUCGGGAGAGGGGUGUGCAUUUUGGAGCGAGAUGGCUAACAGAAACAUUCUGUUGCUCUUCUGUGGACUCUUCCUCUUAGCACUGAUUCAGCCCUCUCUUCAAGGAGGUGUGUAUGUACCACCUGGUGCUGGGAUUGGACCAGGAGGCACUGGACCAGGAACUGGAUUCUUUCCAGGGUCUGCUGGAGGAGUCCCUGCAGGCUAUAAACCAGCUAAAGCUGCAGUAGGAGGUUAUGGAGGUGGAGUGCGUGGUGUGGGGCCAGGUGGUCUGGUGCCAGGAGGUGUUGGGCAUGGUGGCUUGGGCAAUGGAGGACUGGGAGCAGGACAAGGUGGAAAGCCCCCUAAACCAGGUUAUGGCAAUCUAGGAGUUAGUGGUCUUGGAGGUGGUGGCCUAGGAGCUGGAGGCUAUGGAGGAGGUGGUUAUGGUGGAGGCACCGGGGGCUUUUUCCCAGGAGCUGGACAGAAGGCUGCUAAAAGAGGUACAGCUGUAAGAUGUGCAGGAGGCCAUCUGCUACCACAUGGAGGGACUGGAGGAACAGGAGGAACAGGAACUGGAGCCGCAGUGCCUGCUGGAGUACCUGUUAUUCCUCAGACUGGCCUUCCAGGAGGGGGCGGUGCUGGUGCUGGAAAGAAAGCUGCCAAAGUGCCAGGUGUGGGUGUGCCUGGACUUUACCAAGGUGGACUGGUGCCAGGACAAGGGUUUGGUGGACGUGGAGUUCUGCCUGGGGUGGCCACAGGCACCGACCUUAAUCCCAAAUCAAUUGGAGGGGGGGGGCAAGGAAAUCAAGGACCAGGAGGCCGCGGGUAUGGUGGGCCAAUGCAGCCAGGUGUGUUCCACGGAUACCCCCUCAAAUCCCCCAAAGUGCAAGGUGGCUAUGGAGCAAAACCUGGAGGUGGCAAACUACCAUAUGGUUACGGCUUUGGUAAUGGUGAUGCUGGGUCAAGGCCUGGAUAUCCUGUAGGAACUGGAGUUGGGCCCGGGGGCAUCUCACCUGCUCAGGCUAAAGCUGCCAAAUAUGGAUUGGGUGGUGCUGGCAGUGUUGCUGGUGUUGCUGGGACCGGUGGACUGUAUCCAGGGCAGGUGCCAGGAGGAUUGGGUGGUGCUGGUGGUGUUGCUGGCACCGGUGGACUGUAUCCAGGGCAGGUGCCAGCAGGAGUUGGGACCGGCGGCAUCUCACCUGCUCAGGCUAAAGCUGCUAAAUAUGGUUUGGGCGGAGUUGGAGGUGUUGGCGGUGUUGCUGGCACUGGUGGACUGUAUCCAGGGCAAGUGCCUGGAGGUGUUGGUGGGUAUGGCGGUGCUGGUGGUGUUGGUGGCACUGGUGGACUAUAUCCAGGGCUGGUGCCAGGAGCGGGAUAUGGAGCUGGGUCCAAGGCUGCUAAAUAUGGAGUACCAGGAGGAGUACCAGGAGGAGUACCUGGGCGGGUACCAGGAGGAGUACCAGGAGGAGUACCAGGAGGAGUACCAGGAGGAGUACCAGGGCGGGUACCAGGAGGAGUACCAGGAGGUGCACCAGUGGUUGGAUAUUCACCAGCAGCCAAAGCCGCUAAAUAUGGUGUUGGUGGGUAUGGUGGUGUUGGUGGCACUGGUGGACUGUAUCCAGGGCUGGUGCCAGGAGGGGUACCAGGAGGAGUACCAGGAGGAGUACCAGGAGGCGUACCAGGAGGUGCACCAGUGAUUGGAUAUUCACCAGCAGCCAAAGCCGCUAAAUAUGGAGCAGGGGGACUAGGAGCAACAGCAGGACUGGGAGGAACAGGACUGGGAGGAACAGGAGGACUGGGAGGAACAGGAGGACUGGGAGCAACAGGAGGACUGGGAGGUGGAGGAUACUCUGCUGCUGCUAAAGCUGCUAAAUAUGGUCCAGGUGGUGCAGGAGUAGUUCCAAGUGGUGGUGCAGGAGGAGGAGUACCUGGAAGAGUCCCAUUUUUUCCAGGAUAUGGAUCUUUGGCGGCUGGUGCUAAACCUCCUAAAUAUGGAGUCCCAGGAACAGGCCUAGGAACUGGAGGAGUUCCAGGGGGAGCAGGACAGGUACUUCCUGGUGGUGCCGGCUAUGGUGGUUAUGGAGCUGGAGCUGGAGCUGGUGCUGGUGUGAAACCCCCAAAAUAUGGAGUUUCAGGAGGACUGGGAGGGACAGGAGGAAUUCCUGGUGCAGUACCGGGACUAGGAGGUGGACAAUACUCUGCUGCCUCAAAAGCUGCUAAAUACGGAGUUUUAGGAGGAGCUGGAGCAGGGUUAGGAACAGGAGGACUUGGAGGAGCAGGAGUAUAUCCUGGUGCAGGACUAGGAGGUGGACAAUACUCUGCUGCUGCAAAAGCUGCUAAAUAUGGAGGAGCUGGAACAGGAGGACUGGGAGGGACAGGAGGAACUGGAGGAGUACCCGCAGGAGUUGGGGCUGAAGGAUAUCCGGGUGGUGUAAAACCGCCAAAAUAUGGAGGCGUCACUGGAGUAGGACUUGGCGUGCCAGGAGCUACUCCAGGUACAGGUGUCAGUGGUAUCCCAGAUGGUUCUGCUGUUUUGGUGCCAGCAAAGGAUGCAGGUCCUGCUGGAACUCCUCCACCAGAGCCAACGCCUAUUGCUGCAAUUAGCCAGACCGCAGAGGUCCCACGGCCCAGUGUGAAAACAAACGUUUCUGGUGGAAUUAUUCAGCCUAGUGGUGGAGCAGGUAUUACAGUACCCUCUGGUGGUGUUGGUGUUGGCACAGGUGGCAAAGCACCUAAACCAUUCUUACCAGGUACAGGAACCGGUGUUGCUCCAGCCGGAGGUGGAUAUCCCUAUGGUGGAACCUAUGGAGGAGCAGGAAUCCCACUGGCAGCAGGAGGAGGUUAUCAAGGGGGAUACAGGCCAUAUCAUCAUGGUUAUGGUCAUGGUGGGUUGGCGUAUCCCUCUGCAGGUGGACUGGGAGGUGCUGGUGCUGGAGCUAAACCACCCAAACCAGGCUACGGCAAUCUUGGAGGUGGCAAUGUACAUCAGCAAGGUGUGGCUCCUGUGGCUCCUGGUUAUGGAGGAGGUUACCCCCAACAGUACUACCAAGGUGGAUAUGUACCAGCCCCACUGACUCCUCAACAAGCCAAAGCAGCCAAGUACGGUCCAUUGCAGGGCUUCCUUGGUGGUGCAGGAGGAGGAGGAGUCUACAGAGGUGGAGUUGCAGGAUGCGUGGGCAAAUACUGUGGGAGGAGGAAGUAGAGCCCACCAGCGUGACCUCAAGAAACCAUGGUGCUACUGCAUGAUCUAGAAUGUACAUUUUAUAUGCAAACAAACCCCAUUAGAAAACAUGUAAAGAUGUUUUUUUUACUUACUGGACUUCAGCGUCAAACCCACCGACCCAGAAUUUUGUACACGCCCUGAGACGUAUGUUAUUGAUAGUGCCUUUAAUCAAUAAUGUGGUCAAGUUAAUCAGCUUUAACUCCCUGUACUGCACCAGCCUUCUUAAAAUAUAGAGCGUGUGUUUGUGUCACCAUGUGUUGUUCUUGUGCAUCAAUGUGUGUGUGUGUGUGUGUGUGUGUGUGUGUGUGUGUGUGUGUGUGUGUGUGUGUGUGUGUGUGUGUGUGUGUUUUAUGGUUGUACUGUUGUGCGAAAGACUGACUGAACCAUCGGCUGCCAAUGUGACCUAUGAAUGAUUUCCCUUUCGGUUUUAAUCCUGAAACAAGGUGAACUGUCCUCAUUGUUACAGCCCACACUGUCUCACCUCGCUGUGCAGACCUUGUCAUCUCUCUGUCAGAGGGGUUGGGUUGGUCGAUGCUCGUCCAAAAACUGAUGAAAUCUGGCCAAUCUCUGCAUUGUCUCUGGCUCCCCGUCUUCUCUGCUGCUAUUUUUAGGCGUGCUGGGUAUAUAGCAGCGGGAAUCGGGGCUCCGGCCAACCCAUCUGCUGUCAGUAACUUUUGCUGAUUCUAGUUGCUAUGCAGUUCAGUUUUCUCAGCAUUUUUAAUGUUGCCAAACUUGUGAUGUAUGAAGAGCAGUUUCUGCUCUGAGGAACGACAUGACAAUCAAAAAGUGUUUGAUUCAUUACAAGAUGUUUAAAAAAAUGGGGAAAGCAGUGUUGCCUUUUAGUUCCAAGUAGAUUAAAGUGUAACUCAGAUACUACUCUGGCAUGUACAUUAUGUAUGUGUCAAUCUUUAAUUAUGUGUCUGAAAUAGAGCACUUCAAAUGUUUAGUCUCAUUGCAGCAGUUAUUUCCAUUUAAGUAACUUGUCAUUACAUGAUUAUUCAAGAUGUUUUGCACCAUGCUUUGACUCAUAGCUUCAUUGUUAUCAGGAACGUGUGAACAUAAAGCGCAUUUAUUCACUGUUUAGAAUUGUAAUACAGAAUAAGACUUUGUUUGAUGGGAGAGCCGAAGUGUUAAUGUGAGUCAUAAGCUCCCAUUGUUCUUCAUUUACUUGAGCUGCUUUUAAAAAGGCUUACUGACCAAAGGUUCAUGAGCGCUGUUGCCAAGUGACUCCAUCUCUUUCUGUAAUUGUGUACUGUAUUUUGUACUAAUUUGAUAUUUGCUGGCUUCGGUUCCUUCACUCGGUGCUGUGCAAGAACUGUCUUUGAGCCUGGGUCAGACCUUGUCUAAUGUGCCGUGGGAUACUCUUCAUCUUUAUUUAAAACUGUUUUUAUAAGGAGGAACAGUGUGGUUUUGCACUUUUUAUAUUUCCACGACACCCAUGUGACUUGUUCCAGCAUUUAUUUACUUCAUCAAAUAACAAAAUAAAAUGUGUUAAAAGUA